UAAAAAAUUAAAUGCGUUACAAACAAACCAGUGACUUUAUUACUUUCCAUUCAUAGUUUUCUGAAUUUAUCAACUUCUUUUUGCUAGUGCUCCAAUUUAUUAUUUUAUUUUUAUCAAAUUUUUCAUAAUUUAAUUGCAUUUCUCAUAAAAAAUCCGCAAUAUGUGUGUUAUAUACAAUCUCGCGAAUCAUGUCAAUGUGCUAUGUGCCUUUUAAAAUCGCACUCAAACCACCAAAAUCGUUCAGAAAAUUGAAACUAUCGUAAAAAAAAGAUUUUUUUUUGCUGGAAAAAAAGGAGAGAAACAACAACAACAAAAAAAAGUGAAAAAAAACUCUUUUAAAAAAUUCUUCAAGUUGGGCAUCGCCCGUAAAAGUUUUGCAAUCAAAUUUUCUAGUUUUUGAGGUCUUUUUGGUGAAAAAAAAAGUGGAAAAAAAUUCCAAGGAAGAAGAAAAAAAAAUUAUUUUUUUCAUCGCUUCCUCGACGUCAAAAAAAAAUGCAAAAGUGAAACAAAAAACAAACAUUUUUUUACAUCCAAAAAAAAUUAAAAUCAUAAAGUUUUGUGCCAAAUGAAAAAGCAGCAGAGUGCACAUGAGGAUAGUGCCGAGAAGGCUAACGAUAGACCAAUAUCAAGCAACGGCACAUCAACACCAACUCCAUCAUCAAUCCCAACAAAGAAGACAGAGAACGGUGGCCAUCAACGCACCCGUUCUGGCAAGAUGCUCCUCGAAAACAUGAAUCUCCCAUCAUUGACUGGAAAUGGUCAGAAUCCAGACAAGCCGAAGCCACAGAUCCUCGAGUUGAUCAUCAACAAAGAUAAAUAUGGCUACGGCAUGAAAGUGUCAGGCGAAAAUCCAGUAUUUGUUGAUAGUGUAAAAGAAGGUGGUGCAGCUAAUCGUGCAGGUCUGAAUGCAGCUGAUAUGAUUUUACGAGUCAAUGGACACAAUGUGAGAUAUUCAACACAUGCUGAGGUUGUUCAGCUUAUGAAGGCAACGCAAAAUGUUGAAUUGACUGUCCAACGAAAUGCGAGGAAUUUUGCUCUUCCAAUCGGUGGAGGUGGAAGUACACCAGUCACUCCAUCAACACCAACAUCAGCUAGUCAAAGAAAUAGUAUUACGGCUCCACUGCCAGUUGAUCACCAGAAACGAAUGGAAGUAGAAUUCACAAAAAUGCACACACUAUAUUUAAUGCUAGAACAAGAGAAGAAGAAUUUAGAAAAGUUGAAAGAGAAUGAGUCGCAAAAUGUAAAUGAGAUUGGACGAGCCGAAACCAACAUACGUACAUUGCAGGAUCAACUUAAGCAAUCAACGGGUGAUGUGUCAUCAUCGCCAUUAAUGAACAUUAUGUCAUCAUCAACGAAGGUCACAACGCCAACAAGCACACCAACUUUUCUUGCAAGAUUCCCGCGCAGCUUAAGUCAAUUGAAUUUAGGCAACAAGCGAAAGUCAGCAAAUGUUGCAUCUCCACAAGAACCCACACGUCCAUUGCCAUCUUCACCACAAACUCCAUCGUCAUCAUCCUCAUCAAAUACUCCAAUAUCAAGUCCAAGUCAUCAGCAAAAGGUUAAAGUUCGUCAUCAACAUCCAGUUGUGACUGCAGACGUUCCACCUCCAUUGCCACAGAGAAAUAUCAUCCGAAAGCCAACAACACCGACAUCUGCUGGAAAUUCUCAAGUCAGUGAUCUAGACUCGAGUCUAAUGGCUGCUAAGGCACAAAUUCCAGGUGGAAGUAAGAAGAAAAAUAAACAAAAAGCAUAUUCAGAUCCAAAAAUGUCAAGUGAAAUGAUGAUGCAGAUGGAAGCAUCAAAUUAUCCACCACCAUUGCCACCACGGCAAAUUGGAUGCAAUAACUUUGGUGUUGAUGAUGGAUCUGCCUUUGGACAAUGCAUAACAAAUAAAGACUCGACAGACAAUUCACCAACGGCACUUGAUGGACGUCCAUUUCCUAAUAGCUGCUCGACACAGAUGCAUUAUCCGUUAAUAUCCACAAGUGUCGCUGUUCGCGAUGGAAUUCCACCACAUGUAAAUUUCCAGGCAUUUUAUUCGAGUUUAAUGAACAUUAGUAGCAGCAGUUUACCGCCUGAAUUGCCAGCUGUUGUGAAGCCCAAGAAGCACCAUCGAAAUGCAUCCAAUCCAGACUUAUCACCACCACCAUGUGGAACUCCACCACCAGCUUACGAUGGUCCAACAACUCAAAUUACAGCAGCACAAACAAAUAUCGAGCAACGAGACAUUUUAGCAUUCGAAUGUGAUGAUGAGACAGAUGAGGAAGUGAUGGACGAGGAUGAUGGAAUAUUUCGGUCAAUAUCGAUGCUUACAGCACCUGAAAAUUCAGCAUAUCUCAUUGUCUUCCUUAACUUUGUAUUGAGCAAUUCGAAACCGUCAGCAAUUUUAUUCUACUUAAUAACGGAUCUGUACAAAAAAGGAAAUAUUAAGGACAUGCGGAAGUGGGCUUAUGAAAUUCACUCGACAUUUUUAGUUCCAACAGCACCAUUGUCAUUCCUUCCAGACACUGAUAACAUGUGUGAGACAAUAGCACGUGAUGUUGAUGAUAAAUUAGCUCAUGCUAAGGCUUAUCAGCCGACUGAGAGGAACAGCGGUGCACAAGACUUUGAGAUGGCUGGAUUGCUUCGAACUGUUUUCCAAAAAGCUCGAUCGAGGGCCAGAGACAUGGUUAAUCGACAGAUGGAAGAAUUCCAAGAGAAAAGGACUGCUGGUCUUGGUACAAUGUUUGGUCCAACAGCACAGGAACUAGCUGCAGCACGAAAAUCAAAGAUCUGUGAGCAAAAGAUUGUCGAGGACUUUCUGAUGCCAAAACUUCAGACGAUGCUUGAUGAAACUGAAAAUGUACCAGAAAAUGACGAUAAAAUAGCAUUAGCAUCAGCAUUAUCGACAGUUGUCUACAAGAUCUUCCUACCGCGCGGACCAGCAGCACCAAAUUCCGAACGUGUCAAUCACUAUGUCACACGUGAAAAGUCCUUCAAGUCACGACUAAUGAGCAAGAAUAGAAAGUCAGUGAUACGUGGACAUCACUUAAUUUUACGACAGUAUUAUGAGACGACGCAUUGCAAUCAUUGUGGCAACUUGAUAUGGGGUGUUGCACCGCAAGGAUAUGCGUGUGGUGAUUGUGGACUUAAUGUACAUAGAUGCUGUUCUAAAUUGCUGGAAGAGACGUGUCCGGGGCCUGUUCAUGUCUCUGUUGAUCGAUUUACGAAGCUCAUGGAUAGGAUUCGUGAGAAGGGACAUGGAAUGCAGAAUGCAUCGAAAAAGCAGGAAGAAGACACGCUGGGAUGGGAUGACGCUCUGCCAUCCGACCGUUCAGCAUCGUUCAGUGCACGUCCCCGUGGUGAUACACAAUUUCAAAGACUUACACACACAUCCAACAGUACUUCACAGCUUCCAUCACAAGAUAUUUCGCAGCCAGACUUUGCAGCUGGUUCGAGUAGCACGAUAACAAGUUCAGCUGGUGGAUCAUCGACUGGCAUAUCGACAACUGUGACUGGAUCACCGCAGACACACAUGAGUAUGGAGGGUAUUGGUGAUCAUACAAGUACACCGAAUGAGGGUAAGAGGGGCAAACAAAAGUCAUCGCAGCCAAAUGCGAGAAGUGAAUCGUAUAAGGAAUGUUCACCGAAAAGGAGUCGAACUAAUCGACCGAAGUCGGAUCCGAGUCUCUAUGAAGAUGACGUCGCAUCUCCACUAGAACGUCCAGAAGACUCAAUGAACUCAUCAUCAGCCACAAUAACGCCAAAUAAACCAAUGCCAGGUACAAGUCUUGACACAUCGUCUUCGUCGUCAGAAGAUGAGUCGUUUUCGAGAGACCUUGAGACCACAUGGAGCUCUAAUGUGACACAAGAGAUAAUACAGCAGCUGACGGAAGCUGAGAAGAAGCGACAGGAGAUCAUCAAUGAACUUUUUGAAACGGAAAAGAGUCAUGUGAAGAUUCUAAAAGUACUUCAAAAUGUAUUUAAAGAACCUUUGGAACAAAGCAAGGCAAUGACAAGUGAGCUGAUACAACUUGUAUUUCCGCCAUCACUAUCCAUACUCAAGGACUGGCAUUUUGCAUUUGAAGCGGCAUUAAAGCAGAGAUGGAAGGAGCAUAAUUGCUUAGUAAGAGAGAUUGGUGAUUGUCUUAAUGUGUUCGAUGGUACAUCAGGUGAAAUUCUCAAGGAUCAUGCAGCACGGUUUUGUGCACGUCAGCAAAUAGCUUUAGAAGUUCUUAAAGAACGUCGAAAAAAGGAUGAGAAUCUACAACGUGGUCUUAUAAAGGCUGAAUCUCACAAGGCAUGUCGACGGUUACAGUUGAAAGAUUUAUUACCGUCAGUUUUACAACGACUCACAAAAUAUCCACUACUCUUCGAGAGACUACAGAAGUGUACUGAUGGUGCUGAUGCAGAGGCAAUAAAACGAGCAUUGGAUGCUUCGAAAGCAAUUUUGGAUCAUGUUAAUCAGGCAGUACGGAUAGCUGAAGAACUCCGAUCAAUCCAGAAGAAGCUCGACAAGUCAUCCUAUGAGAAGGAAGCCCCAAAUGAAUUUAAAAAUCUCGACCUUACCAACUACAAACUCAUCCACGAUGGAUUCCUAACCAUCAAAAAAGGAACCAUUCAACUUCGCGUUCUUCUCUUUGAGAACAUGAUUGUCCUACUUGUGAAGCAGGACGAUAAAUAUUUGAUGAAAUCAUUCGCAAAUCCAACUGGAAUUGGUGAUAAUGUCAUGGUCAGUCCGAUCACGAAAAUCUGCAAUACAAUUGUGAGACUCAAUGCCGUCGACAAUCGUGCAUUCUUUCUUAUCAAUCAAAGUGAUCAGAACUCACAAAUGUUGGAACUGACAGCACCGACACAACAAGAAAGUGAAGUUUGGAUACGAAAAAUCACCGAAGCAGCUGAGAAAGCAAAUCACUUGAAGAAAGUUCAGUCAAAACCGUUGCCAGCAAUUCCAGUUCCACCACCACCACCUGCACUUGAAGAAACACCUGAAAAUCUUCUCAAUUCACCACCAGAUGAGGUUGAGAAGCCACCGGAAACGACUGAGCAGGAGCCAAAAGAGGAAAGUGAAGAGAAUAAGGAACCGGAAGAGGAACCAGAGCCUGAAGAUGACCCAAAUGCCAUACAAACAACCCAACCUUGCCAAUUAAUACAACCAACAGAAAUCAAUAUUGCAGCACAGAACGUACAAGAAGCAUCGCGAAUAGUCACACCGGAAGAGUCACUGCGACGACACGGUGACGUCAUUCAAAAGUCUGUCGUUGAAAUGGAGAAAAUAAUUUGUGACAUAAAUCGAGUGCCUCAAGAGCAUUUUACUGAAAUUGCUGACAUUGCAGCACAGCCGGAGGCAAAAUCAGAUCUUGCUGAACUCGCAUUAGCUGCAUUUGCACAGACUAAAUUCCUUGUUGAAUGCGUAAAGACGUCACUAAUUAAUGGAACUGUAAAUGCACCAAUUGGAAGUCUUAGCGGUGCUGCACUUUGUGACAAUUGUGUUACAAAGGACUUAUUUGCCAUCCGUAAUGGAUCAACUGAGAAUCUUAUUGCAAUUGAGCCAGCCACAAUGGACACAGAUAUUGUUAAGGACAGCGAACUUGAAACUGACGGUGAUAAUUUAUAUUGUGAAAUUGAGCCACUUAAAAAUGAGACAGCUAUUGCAACAAAAGUUAGUCAUAUGGAGAUUAAUGAUACUUAUAGUACUGCAGUCGAUAGUGAAGCUAAAAAGAGUCCAAUUAUUAAGAUUGAUAAGAUCGCAGUGUCUGUAACGACUUUGAAUUCACUCGUGUCACAGUUGUCGAUAAAAAUUGCAGAACGGGAUCACGAACGUGAAAUGUACAGACGUGAAAAUCAAAGGCUUAGACAACAACUCCAAAUUGAACAGGAGAAUGAAAUUGUUGAAAAUGCUGUAAAUGACCUAGAAAUAAAUGUGAUUGAAUUAUGUGACAAACCCCCAAUAGAGCCCGAGCAAUAAGAUGGACCAUCAUCAUACAUCAAAAAUUAAACAUCAUUAAAGCUUUGUUAAGCAUCAGCACAAAAUAUUGUUUAGCUGAUUUAAACCUUAGUUAUUUUUCUUGACGCACAAAAAAAAUUAUUCGAAAGAUUUUUUCAUUUUUUUUAAAUUAAAUUAAAAAAAAUUGGAGAUCGCAGGAAGCGAUGCAAAAAAAUCCACAAAAAAUGGAACUAGACUUACUGUGAAAAAUGAUGCGUAACAAACAAGAAAUUGUGUUAAGUGUAAUACUUAGAGCAUUAAAUAGAUUAUUUUCUCGAGAACUUAUUUAUAUUUAGGCUAUAAUAAAUUGAGAAUCUUCCUGAUCUGCUUCUUACUUAGAGACAUGAGCCGUGCAGAGCGCGGUUUAACACUUUUUUUAUCGAAAGGAAUUUUUGAAAAAAAAAAAAAAAAUUUUGGAGAAUAAAUAAUUUUAAAAGGAGAAAUUGAAUAUUUUUUUGGGGAAGAGGAUGCUCGAUGGAUAUACACUACCUUAAAAGGUAUAAUGAGCAGUCGUUUCUAGAUGUUGUGAGGAUACUCAGGUUUUAGUAGUCUGAACCAAUGUUCAAAUACAAAAAUAUGCAAUAAAUCACAAAACUUAGCACUAAAUCCAAUUUAAUACUGUCACAAACCCAACCUAGAUGCCAAAAAUACUGAAAAAUCUUCCACUUUUGAAGCUACAAUCCCUGAAUAUCUUCACAAUGCCUGACAUGCCCCUCCACGAACUUUGGAUAGAAAUCAAACUUUAAAAAAAUUAUCAAAAUUUUUCUAGAAACAAUAAAAAAUUAAAUUUGAGAUUUUUGGAACCUAACUGGGGUACUAGACUUGUUGGCAGUUAGCACUAAUGGAUGCAAUAUUUACAAAUGGUCCAAAAUUUUAUAAUACACGAUAGUGUAACAUUAGACUCACGUAGAGCAGUAUUACAGUUUACAAAUCGGCCUAAACACUAGAAUUUAAAAUGUUUUAAAAAUAUUGAACUUUCAAAAAAUAUG